GACCCUUUGCACACGCACAUAUUCCUCCACCAUGAGCAGUCCACCGGCUUUCGGCCACGCCGUGUCGCUCAAUAAUCGCUGCGGCGAGAGCAAGAGUCCAUAUGUGCGAUCUCACAUGGAUAAUCCUACGGCGUGGCAGCUUUGGAGUGCUGAGACGUUGGAGUUGGCGAGGAAGACGAAUCGGUUGUUGUUUGUUAGUAUUGGGUAUUCGGCUUGUCAUUGGUGCCACGUCAUGGAACAUGAGAGCUUCUCCGACUCCCGCAUCGCCCAAUUACUCAACGAACACUUCAUCCCGAUCAAGAUCGACCGCGAAGAACGCCCCGAUAUCGAUCGACAGUACAUGGACUUUCUACAAGCGACUUCUGGCGGCGGCGGCUGGCCUUUGAAUGUCUUCGUUACACCCGAUCUCGAACCCAUCUUUGGAGGCACAUACUGGCCAGGUCCCAACAGCGAGAGGGCCAGGAGUCGUGCAGCGGGAACGACUUUUGAGGAUGUAUUGAGGAAGGUCUCUACGGCGUGGAAAGAGCAGGAACAGAAGUGCAGAGCCAAUGCGAAGGACAUUACACGGCAGCUGAGGGAGUAUGCGCAGGAGGGAAUGCUAGGUGGGAGGGAUGGCAAGCAGACGGACGAGAACGAUGGACUGGAGCUGGAUCUCCUGGACGAUGCAUACGAGCACUACAAGGGACGAUACGACGCGAAGUGUGGAGGAUUCGGAGGAGCGCCCAAAUUCCCUACGCCUGUUCACAUCAAGCCGUUGCUGCGUGUGGCUAAUUAUCCGCAUGUCGUUAGGGAGAUCGUGGGAGAGGAGGAUUGCCAGGAAGCGCGGCGCAUGGCUGUACACACGCUGGAAAGCAUGGCGAAAGGAGGUAUCAAGGAUCAGAUCGGGCAUGGCUUUGCGAGAUACUCGGUCACGCGGGAUUGGAGCUUACCGCACUUCGAGAAAAUGCUCUACGAUAACGCCCAGCUGCUGCCGGUCUACCUCGAUGCUUGGAUUCUGACAAAGUCGCCGCUAUUGCUUGAAUCAGUCAAUGAUAUCGCGACAUAUCUGACGAGUCCUCCUAUGGUUUCAGAAUUAGGAGGCAUCUUUUCGGCGGAGGAUGCGGAUUCUUUGCCGACACCACAGGACAAGCACAAGCGAGAAGGAGCAUUCUAUGUCUGGAUGAUGGACGAGUUCAAGUCAAUACUCAGCGAGGAGGAAGUCACCGUCUGCGCGAAAUACUGGGGCGUACAAGCACAAGGGAAUGUCGACCGACGUUUCGACCUACAGGGCGAGCUGGUCGGCCAAAACACUCUCUGCGUACAGUAUGAGAUCCCCGAACUCGCCCAAGAACUCAGCAAAUCCGAAGAACAAAUCACACAGACUAUUCAAUCCGGCCGCUCAAAACUCCUCGCACACCGCGAAAAGAACCGCCCACGGCCCGCUCUCGACGACAAAAUCGUCACCUCCUGGAACGGCCUCGCAAUCGGCGGUCUCGCACGAACAAGUUCCGCACUUCGCUACAUCUCCCCUGAACCCGCAGCAGCCUAUCUCGCCGCCGCCCUCAAAGCCACCAAUUGUAUCAAAACCCACCUGUUCGACCCGUCGACCAACGCGCUCAAACGCGUCUACCGCGAAGGGCCCGGCGAAACACCCGGCUUUGCCGACGACUACGCCUUUCUCAUCUCCGGCUUGCUCGAUCUCUACGAAGCGACUUGGGACAGUAACUGGUUGCAAUGGGCGGACACGCUUCAACAAACGCAGACGAGACUAUUCUGGGACGAGGAGAAAUACGGGUUCUUCAGCACCGCUGCCAGCCAGCCGGACAUCCUCAUCCGAGUGAAGGACGCGAUGGAUAAUGCUGAACCAAGUGUCAAUGGCGUGGCGUCGUACAAUCUCUUCCGACUGGGGAGCUUACUCAACGACUCGGAAUACGAAAAGAUGGCGCGGCGCAUCGUGGCGUGUUUCGAGGUGGAGUUGGGACAGCAUCCGGGAUUGUUCAGUGGGAUGUUGAGUUCCGUCGUGGCGGCGAAGAUGGGAGUCAAGGGACUCAUGGUCGUGGGCGAGGGGGAGUUGGUCGAUGAGGUACUGAGGAAGAUGAGAGAGAAUGUCUGGCCUAUGAGCACGGCGUUGAGGGUUGGUGGGAAAGGCGUGGAGGAUGGCUGGUUGAGGGAGAGGAAUGGGUUGUUGAAGGAUUUGGAUGGGACGAGGGAGAUGGUGCAGAUUUGUGAGGGGGGGAUGUGUAGGAUUUUGGAGAGGGGGGAUGUGGAGGGAUCGCGACGAGGGCGUCGAGUUGCGCGGGCGUGA